UAUUAACGCUAUUCAUUCAUCCCUAUAUAAAUUACUCGCUCUCAAAUCAAACCCUAACCCUGCGACUCUCUUCCCAAAAUAGAAUAAACCCUAAUUCUCUCUCUCUCUCUCUCUCUCGCAUUCUCGUCUGAUCUAUCGAAAUUUCGCUCUAUCUCAGCUUUGAUUUCCACAAGCUCUGAAGAUGGGUGGUGAUUCCUUUCGGUUUCCUGGCUGGGGUUCAACUCACUCUUGUGGGAAUUCGUCUGGAAGUCCAUUUUAUUCCCAAUCGUUCUUGGAGCAUGAAUGGCGCAACAACAACGUUUCUGCUCCCAAUCUCUGCAGGUGCGGUCAAAAUGGUUUGUUUGGAGCAGCGCAAUCUUCUUGGCCGUUUCCUCCUUUUGGAGUACCUUAUACUCCUGAUCUCAGUCUCUCAUUGUCACCAAUUGCUGGUUUCUGGAUGUUUGUUCCCUUUAGUUCGACAUGCAUCCCAGCCUUUGCCUCUGCUAGCACACCAGCUUUUGGUGCAACAGGCUUUGCGCCCUUUGCUAGAACAACAAGUCCUAUGUUCGGAAGCAGAGGAGAUGGGUCUUAUGGUGGAUCAUUUGGAGCUUCAAACACCCCGGCUUUUGGUUCAUCUAGCUCCACCGUCGGUACUUCAAGCAACCAAGCUUUUGGUGCUUCAAGUACUACUGGUUUUGGUUCAUUUAGUAGUACACAACCUUUGAGCUCUUCACCAACUUCUGCAUUUGCCCAAUCAAGUUCCAGAUUCAGUAGCAGCCCAUUUGGUGCUUCGUCUCCUUUUGGAUCACAGUGUUUUCCAUUUGUAGGUCAAUCAACAACAAUUGGGAACACCAGGCAGUCAGCUUUUGGUGGCCAACAACACAAUGGUAGUAGCGUGGCUUCAUACACUGCAACUCUUGCAGUUGAUGAUAGUAGGAAAGUGGAGUCAAUAUCUGCAAUGCCAGUAUAUAAAGACAAAAGUCAUGAAGAACUCCGUGUGGAAGAUUAUAAAUUGGGGAAAGGUGUUCAAUUUCCUGCCGGUGGGAGUACCAUUGACAUUUCUACCUCACAGCCGAAUCGUUUGCAUCCUGCACCAUCACUUCUUCAACCAUCUUCAAGUCCCUUUAGUACCUCUACUUCGUCUAAUAUAUCUGCUCCAGAAACCCUAUCAUUCACUUCUCAAGGCAUUGUUUUUACACCACCAUCUCCUUCAGUUUUUCGACAAACAUCAUCUCUGUCUCCAUUAAGUUCAUCAACCUCAUCUGGAUUUUCAUGUCUUGCUCCUGCUCAAACAUCAAAUUCUGCGCCUCCAGCUAUGCAGAUAUGUAUUGGACGAAGUGCCACUCCCUUUGGGCAGAAGAAUACUCCAUUUAGGAGCUCCUCUGAGGCUAGUUCUACAAGCAACCCAAUUUCUUUUGGUCAAGCUACUCCUUUGUUCGUGUCAUCUCAGCCUCUUCAGAGUAGUGGUUCUGUCUUCAACAUUGUUAGUCAAAAUCAGCAAGGCAACCCAGGUGGUUCGACAGGAAUUCUUGGUCAGAAUGGGUUUGAAAGCUUUUCAUCAACCCCUGCGUUUGGUCAAUUAAGUUAUAUGUCCAGUUGCUGCCAGUUAUGCGCUUCAUGUGGAGCUCAAUCAACAACUGGAAACAUUGCUCUGGGGAAGCCAGUUUCUGAGGGUCGGCAUCAGGGAAGUGGUGUACCUACAACUGUAACAAACACUGCUUAUGGUGAACCGGAUGAAAAAAUCCACUCAAUAUCGUCAAUGCCAAUUUAUGGAGACAGAUCUCACGAGGAAAUGAGAUGGCAGAAUUAUCAAUUGGGGGAUAAAGGUGGACCGGCUCUUGGUGGUGUGACUCACUUUCACUUGCUUACCAAGAAACCUGCACCGACAUUUGCUCAAACAUCAUUGAGUCUGUCCAAUACCUCUACUGUAUCUAAUAUAUCUGCUCCGCAAAAUCCAUCCAUUACUGCUGCGGGCUUUGGAGCCUCAUCCACACCCAAUCUUUUUGCAUCUUCAUCAUCAACUGCUUCAUUAUUUGGACCAAUUCCAUCUCCGUCCUUUUCUAGUUCAUCAGCUGCACCAGCAUCUACAUUUGCAUUUCCUUCUCCAGCUCCAGCAACAACUUCGACAUGCAAUCAUGGCCUAUUCGGUUGCAUGCCGUCUGUUGCACAAACAGGUACCACUAACGCCGUGCAAACUAACUUCCUCUAGUGGGUCUACAACACCCCUUCCACUAGAGGUUAGUGCCACAUACAAACAGCUGUAUCAAUCUUUUUCUUCAAUCGAAGGAAAAGAGUAGGCUACAGAUAUCAUUGCAAGAAAUUCGAGAAUGCAUAAUCGUGAGAAAAAUGAUCGAAAGGGCUUGUUAGGAUGCCAGAUGGCAUCAUCUUGUGGUGACAGUUAGAGUUGAGCACGAGUAUAAAUAGUACAUUGUAAGAGAAGGAAGGGGGUUAAUGAAAUGAUAUUGUUGUUCUGUUACUAUCUCUCUGUGCAAUUGUAGAUGUGGAGCUAGGUUCUAACAGGGCUCUUCUUCUUCGUCUUCCUUUUCAUGGUGAUAGGCGCGCAGUCAAAACAAGCAAACGAGGAUUGAAUUUGAAGAAGAAACAAGUCUAGCAAAAUCUACAUCCUACAAAUAGCAUUACUUAGGUGUUUUGUUUGUUUAAUAGAAUUGAUGUAACUAGUUUGGAAUUGUGACCAAAACCAAAUUGAAAAUUUGCAGUUCUUUUUCUUUCAGUACAAUUUCUGUUCAGGU